GCCCAGGAGCGUUGAAAAGGCGGUGGCGCCCUCAGUCGGCGUCGAGUACAGCUCGCAGGGGCCCAAGGGGGAAGCGCUCUUUCCCGGGGGCGGUGACUCCUUUGGCAGCGCGGAGGCCGCGAGCAGGAAUGCCUUCGAAGGCGAGGUUUCGUCCGACCAGCAAGACGAAAGCGUGAGCGUGUCGGAGAGAGCGGCCCCCGCCGUCGAUGAGGGGAUAGCGCGCCCCCGCAGGGUCCCCAUUCGCGAGGCCGGCCAAAGUCAAGAUGGCGAGCGUUCAGCGGGACCACUGGUCCUUCGUGGUGCUCCAGUUCCUGCUGCUUUCGCUGCUCAUAUGCAGGCACGGCUCCUUCGCGGAUCGGAACAAGUAUUUUCACAUCUCGUCACUCUGCAUGGGAGACCGGCACUAUCCCCAGUACAAGAAGAUAGAUGGUGCCGUGCUCACCUCGGAGAGCGAAAACAACCUGGAGUGUGCGGUGACAUUCCAGACUGACUCGAUCCUGCAGCGCUUCAUGCUACGCUUCGAGCGUCUCGCCCUCGACUGCCACGACCAUCUGGUCAUCUUUGAUAGUGCCCACACCAUUGGGAAUCACAAGGUGGAUCUCUCAUGUCGGAGCACGCGUUCGGACGUCGGGACCAUCUUCACUCAGGGCAACUAUGUGACCCUUAAGUACACGACUGACAGCUGGAGCCCCGAGGGCAACGGCUUCAAGCUCAUCAUCACGGCGUACAAGGACAACUCUCUUCCUGACAUCAAGCACGACCUCAAGUGCAGGGAAUUCGAGUGCCGCAACACCUUCUGCAUCUCGAGCAACUUGACCUGCGACGGAGUGAACCACUGCGGGGACAACAGUGACGAGACCGGCUACGCCUCCUGCAUUGACGAAACAUCGAGCAGCCAGAUCCUGGGCCUGGGCGUGAGCCUGUUUGUGACGCUGACGCUGGUGGUGCUCGUGUCCUGCCUGGUGCUGUGCGUCGGGGUGCUCUGCCUCUGCCAACGCAUGCGGCUGGGCACCCCAGGCUUGCUGCCGGGCGGAGGCGUGGCCUCGGCUGCGCUGCAGGCACAGGGCAACAACAGCGCGGCCGCCUUCCCCAGUCACCAGCCUGGGAGCGGAGGCGUGUACGGAGGCACGGCCGAACGUCUUUGCGAAAAGCCUCCCCCGUACCCUGGAAACAACUACCCCCCAGCGUCCGGCAUCGGCUUUCACGUUCCCCAGGAGAGCCUCUACUACCCAGCCACAAAGUGACCGGCCCAGCAAUGCCACCAACUGGCUCGUCUGAGUGUGCCAUUUCUUUUGCCAUGCCCAGACGUCUCGAGGACAGUGUUAGGCACCCAAGGUUGUGGCCGCAUUUGGUGGGGUCCCGCUGUCGGCUCUGCUCUGCCUCCCAGACUGUCCAAAAGAGCACUCUUGGCAUCGACAUGCCUGCUCCGCAAGGUCUAGGCGCAGUACCGUAGGACGGCCAUUCGGAAGUGGGAACGUGCUCGGGUUGCCACCAGUUCCAUAGUAUAUCAAAUGUCCAAUCCUUUUGGAACAGAUGUCGCUGUACAGUUUGUUGCAUGCUUGGUUGUCCUUGGUGUAUUUUAUGGUUGGACAACCAAGCUUGGUUGUCCUCAACUUUUUAUGCUUUUGUGUUUUGCCGAGAAAUGAGGAUUUACUGUAUGUGCCUGAUUUUCUUUUAUCCUAAUCUAACUGCGGAGGCUCGAGCAUUACUGACGCUCUUACGAAGCCUGUGUAUUAUAACUAGGGUUCCGUGUUUUCCGAAUUUACUUCUCGUAAAAUUCGGAAAGUCUUUUUUCCAAAAAUUCAGUUUAUUUAUUAUAGAUUCCCGAUUCUCCGAAAUUUGGUGUUUCAUUUUGCCGUGGGCCCAAUUUUCAAGAAUUCAAUAUAAAAAACAAAUAUUAUCCGGACCAAACCUGCCUUAAAUUCACAAGAACUCACCUAUAUUGACUAUAUCUCCAGCUGGAUUGGGCAUUCAUGCCCUUGCCAUUGAUAAUACUAACUGUCCCACAACAAAUUUGCAAGCAUUGCUUUAGUAAGUUUGAUAUUUUAGAAUGAUUGAAAUUCUUGACAUACUUUUUGGAAAGCUCAAUUUCUUCCCAUCCCAGUCCACCUCUCUGCUGAGCAAAGUGGAGCGAUGAGAUAGAACCUUUAGCUGUGCCCCUCUCUCCCAUGAUCAUAGCUUUCCCUGUGAUAAAAACACAACCCCGCCUUCUUCCAAGAAGCCCAAACUGAAAACUAGGACAGUGGCUUUUGUCGUGACCCAAAAUUAGUGACCUGUUGUCCCGAACAAAACACAACGAGAUAAAUGGAGAACCCCCUUUUGUCAAAAGUCGGAUAUUUUAAAACAAAACUUUGCCUGUUCUCAGGAUUACUGACCCUGUGCUCUGGCCAAUUUUACUUAUAGAAUAAUGUGUUUUUUAGUUGUAUUUUUGCCAUUGUAACAUCGAAAUUUUAAAUUUUCCGGAUAAAUCUGAACUGACAAAAAUUUUACUGGCAUGGGUUUUCGGAUUUUAUCGGAUUUAUCCGAAAACACGGAACCCUAAUUAUAGCCAAUGUCAAAUCAAAGCAACAAAUCCCAUAAACAGUGAUGGUAAAAAGUGCACUUUUUGAAAGAGUGCGAGGAUUCUAUGUGCGCAGACAUGCAGAAAGGCACUCAGUUAUGCGUUUGUACAUAGUAAUGUGUGUGUGUGUAAAGCAGGCCUUUGCAUCAAAAUUCCCUUUCUUUGUGAGUGUGCAUGUCUCUGAAUGCCACAAAAAGCUGGACACUUGUUAGUCUGUUUGUAGAGGGCACACGUCUGCAGUGUUUUUAGAUACCUUUUUUUUUUAUGGAUGGCAGUCUUAACAAGCAAACAACCAAUCUUUUUCAGCAUUUUGUUUGUUACUCUGCAAAGUGAGGGUAUGCAAACAAUGAUGGAAUGGGCCUCCCUGGUUCAACCCUCGAUUGUCCUUAUGUUUGCCAUAUUGAGGAAAGGGAAUCAAAUACCCACUCUACUGCGUUUCACCACAACUUGGCAAACUACGGACCUAGCGAGCGAAUCAGCGUCGGGCACAUGACAACGUACCAUUGUGGUGCACACCUCCUACAGGGAGCUGUCACACACUUUGUUUCAUCGCUCCGACAGGCUCGAGGGCGCAGCAGCGCUUGCUCUUUGUCAAGUUGUGCUGGAACGGAGUAGUUUAUGCUACUCCUUUUGAAGCAAACUGGCCGAACCAAUUAGCCACAUAUGGAGUAUUUGACAAAAUAUGGGGGACCACCUUUAGUAAUGUUCCCUCGCUACACUUGUCUAGCUGUUUAGGACAACGUACGUACAUAGUCUGAGCUAGGAUCAGCCAGAUAACGCAACAUUCGAUUCUCUUAUUGGGAGCAAUGACAUACACUUGCACAGAAAGCAAAGACUAAGUCAUAUUCACCUGCAAUCUCAAUCCGUGAUUAUAUUUCUUGUGUUCGUGAACCUGGUGUUCGGCAUUCCUCUGAUAAAUGUCCGUGUACCUGCCGUGUUCUUUUUGUUCCGUGUCAUUAGAGUCGCAUUAGUCUUACGUUAAAUCAGCUCAGAUAAUAUUCUAAUUUCAUUAUUGGUGAACAAAUAUCAUGUUCAUUGAGUGUAUAUAUUGACUAUUUUUUAUACUCAUUCUCUUCAAGUUUCUAACAUACUUUUUUUUUUUCAGUGGAACUACGAUGGAAGUAUUUUUACGUUCAGCACACAAGUUUCUGGGGACAUAUCACAAAUGAUUAGCAAAGGCAGUGAAACUUGAUGGUUUGUAACUUGACUCUAUAUAGCUACAGCAACUUAGUGCUAACAUAGGCAAUCUUGAAUGUUACACUCUGAUGAGUCUGCUCUGGUCAAUGCUAUAAAUAAUUGCCCCACUGAUUAUAAGCAUAAUAUUAGUGCAAGAUACACUGAAUGUCGAUGAAGUGCGGCCAUUUUUGUUUGCUGUUGAAGAAAAAGUGCAAGAAAAAAAUAUCUGCUUCCUUCUUAACGAGUCACACUACAGGCAUCGCCCGUUCACAAGGAUGUUUGAACGUUUGUGAGAUUUUCAUUUUCAUGGACCAAGUUAGCAGUGUCAGGUUUCCUUAUAAGAACUGUGAACAUGUUAGCUGCAUUAGCUGCUUCUGGGGAGCUUGGUGCAUAUCAUUGUUUUCUACGAGAACACGUGCCAGUGUGCAAGCCUGUGUGUGUGCAGCUCGCCUGUGACACACCACUCUAAUAAAGCAGUGAUCUGGAAAGCACUGGGACAUGCGUGUGGCCAGCUGCACAGGUACAGUCUUCAAGCCUGCAGGCGCCCAGGGAUGUAAGUCGUGCACUGGUCUAUAUGUCUUGUACUCCGGUCAACAAAUUCACAAUAACCAAACAGGACAUCAGAGACGGUGUUGCAAUUGCCCGUCUUUCCCCUAUCACGAUAUAAGUUUUUACCUCCGCAUGAUGAUAUUCAAAAUCUAAGGGUGCCACUGCUCUGGCUUGUAUGCCUUGUAAGCCAAAGCCAUUUGACAUGUCAAACAUUUUUGCGUUUUCACCGAAGCCUCUUCUACGUCGAAUCCCUUCAACUUCUGCUUGUUUUUGUCUGUGAUGUGUGAAUGCACUGAAGUGACAAACAUGAACCAGCCCUCACCCCUUCCCAGACAACACAAUUACAUACUGAGGACAUGUCAAAGCCAAUUUGUCCGACCCCAGCAUGUCCCCAAAACAUCCGAAGGAUUCUUUGAAACAUGCCUUUUUAACGCAUGCAUUUGUUCCACAAAAACCCGCUUCAAAGCCAAGGUCUUGUGCAUAUAGCCUUCCCUGACAUGCGAGCACAUGCUGACAUGGGAGCUUGCACUGUGUUCGUUAAUUUCACACCUAAGUUUUUGCUUCACAAACAACCUCAAUGCAAGCGGUACAUGCUUGUCCACGCCCACACAGGCUAAGCCACAAUGUGGUGGGCUAGAAUUUGGGUAUGUGUGUGAUGGUGACUAGACAGCAGGGGCAGAUUUAUGGGUCAAGCUUGGUGGUGGUGGGGGGGAAGGGGGGGUGUCUGCUAAGAGAUAGCGCAGGGAAAGUGUUGUCCUGGUUUUUCAAGUAAUGUAUGGCACUUCUUUCAUUAAAAAAAAGUGGACCUUGGGGGUGGGGUGGCUGUGUCCCCCCCCCCUUAAAUCUGCCCAUGCUAGACAGACUUUUGAAGAGGGUCGACUGCAAGCAGUGUUGGGUAAAGUUCACCAAUAAAGUGCUUGAAGUAAGGUAAAAAGUAAAUUGGAGGUUAUGCACUUCAAGUAAAGUAGUACUGUAAAAUACCAAACAUCUGCCCAUUCCACAUAAGCACCCACCUAUCAAUUUUGCAACAUUUGCAAAAUGCACAACAUCCCAUCCCCCAGUUUAACAUGAUUAUCUCCAGAUUUUGAGGACGCUGCUUGCUCGAGAUUUUACAGUAAGCACUCCAGGUAUGAUGUACUUAAAGUUAAAGUACUAUAAAUACCAUGUACUUUUAAAGUAAAGUAAAAGUACUUUUUAACACAAUCUUCCAUGCACCUUUUAAACCGGUAUACAUUGCUCCAGAGAUAACUAGGGGUGCAUCAGUUAUGUUUGGAAAUGGUGGCGAAUAUUGGAUAAAGUCAAGUGGUCACAGACUAGUUGUUCUACACUCGCCAAUAAACUAUUUAACACAUAAAAUCGAAUUACAAGACACUUAUUUGCUGACAAAGCAUCAUUGUGUGACACAAAUUUAACAAUACCAAAUUUGAGGCAUGCACUUUAAACUUGAGAGUUGUAUUUUUCUCAGAAAGUACCAGAAAAAAAAUACUUGAAGGACUAGUUUUCUAAACUUUCUUGAAGUAGUAUUUAAGUACAAUGUACUUAAAAGUAUUCCCAACACUGCACACAGGAAUGUCUAGUAAAGUCGCAGACCAUAAAUCCCAAAAAGAAAAAAAGAUUGCAUAGGCAAGCUGACCAAUCCACCAUUUUUUAAAUAACUGGUGCCACCUGGCGAAAAACGGGGUUCCAGGAUUCCCAGGAUGAAACUGCUGAUCACAUUAGGAGGAAGAGGAAAGCUCCUUGAAGGAACUUGGGGGACAACAAAUGGACCAUUUUCCAGUAAGCUUCUGCACAUGCGUACACCCCUUCUCCUGGCACUGCCUCCCGCUGUCGCCAUUUUUGCUGGGCAAAGUUCCGGUCGACCAACAUAUUCAGCACCCAUCUUUGCGUGUAUUUUGUCUUUUUUGGCCAUUCAUGUUUGAAUAUACGCUAGUAUGGGUCGUAAAAGGCAACGAAGAUCAAUAGAUCAAUACAAUGGCACAAUGCUAAUGUACUCCGAUGGGCAGAAAAAAAAGUUGAGCUGCCCUUCAUUUGUUGUUCGAAAACAACUCCCCAGACGGCGCUUGUUACUGGAAAAAGGUCCAUUGCCACGAUUGCCACAACAGGCAGAAGGGACGUUGGGGACAGCAGCUAGCUCAAUGGAGCCAGCAGGAUCUAGCCGUCUAGCUUCCUUGGUCGAGGCACUCACUCGAGCACAUGCUCACACAGAACCUCCUGAACCAGUGUUUCCAAAAAUGGUCAAUUGGUAAAAAUAAAAAAAAAAAAAUAAAAAAAAAAGAU